CAUGCCUGUGUUUUACACACCUAUACCUCAGAAUCUGAGAGUGGGUUUGGCUAAUGUCAGCGGCUCAGUGUUUUUAAAUAACAGGACGAGAGACAGUGAAGACCUCAGGGACUUUUAUCAAGAUAAUGAAGCGUGUACUGAGGUCUCCUCUCAACUUCCACUGCAGAUGCUGCUCUAUUUCAACAGCUUCUUCUUUCCUUUCUGGUGGAUUUCUGAGGUUGUUAUGCUAAACGUGAAGUUUUCUUUACUGCCCGUGUAUUACCAGUGUUUGCUGGUGACAGGACUGGUGCUGAUUAGCAUAUUUGAAGUGUUGCGUGUGUAUCUGGGUUACGUCGGGAACCUCAAAGAGAAGGUUCCAGAGUUAGCUGGAUUCUGGCUGCUGUCCUUCCUCUUCCAGCUGCCAAUCCUCCUCUUCUUCAUGACGGAUCCAGACAUCAUCAUCCUGCCUCUGGAGCGAGCCGUUCACUCUCUCUACCUGGCCUUCCUGCUGGCCGAGAUCCUGGCAUCCUUUCUCGCCCUGCGUGUCAUGACUCGUAAACUCGCCCUGCAGUUUCACAUGAGGCAGUUUGGUCCCGUACAGAGUCUUCAUACAGUAGAUGCCCUGCCUAUGCUUGGACUCUCAUGUGGGACCAGGAGUGUGUUGCCUGUGAUGGACAUCCCUCAGCCCCAGUGAGAUCUGGCAUAUUAUGGAGAUUGGUGUAUCCUGGUGGUUAAAAAUCGAGGCUUGUAAGUUAACCAAACAGCUGUUGGUUCCUUUUGUGACCUUAAAGUACAAGGUAGGAGACAUUGGGGCAAUUGGUAACGUUGAUCUUCAUGUUCUUAGAUCAACAUUAUUGCUGGUCCUACCUUUGGAUUAACCAAUCUGAUUGUAGGAUUUGGUUUUGGGUCAAUGUUAGGUUUAAGACUGGGUCAGGGGCUUCUGAUUUUAGGGAUAAGAUGUGGCUAGAAUUGAGGUUAUGAAUAUUAAGUAAGCUUGAAGUAUAAGAAGAACUGACAGCAAAGUUCAUAUGGAACAAACAAAUUAUACAGAUUUUGCCAAAAUAUCUCGACCAUGUCGUUACAUGGGUACUCUGAAUUUUGUUUAUUUUGCAGAAAAGCUAUCAAAUAUGUCAUGCAUGUGUGACAACAUGCCCCGGUCUUCCUUCAAUCAACAAAACAAUAAAUAUUAUACUAUUUCUUAUAUUAUAGUAUAGUAUAUUGUAUUAUAUUCUGUAUAGAAACAAAUAAGGAUUUCAUGAAAAAAAUGGUGGCAAAGAAAAAAUCCACUACUUUUUCUUAUGUGGCAUAUAAUAUGGUAUAACUAG